AUACUUGUUCGAUUUUGUACUUUGAUACACUUAGUAAGUCUUUUGUGUAUAACCAAUUAUUUUUAUCCGAAGUAUGCCGAUCCUGUUGCCGAUUUUCUCGAUCGCUGGAAUGUAUUCCGAUAUCGCCUGUUCCGUGAAUCCUGUGUUUAUCAUCGUGGCAAUUACGUCAAAGAUUUAGGCCAACUUGGUCGUAGGCUCGACCAGGUAGUGAUUCUUGACAAUUCGCCCGCUUCCUACCUCUUUCACGUCGAUAAUGCGGUGCAGGUCUCUUCUUGGUUUGAUGAUCCUACCGAUCGAGCCCUUCUUGAUUUAAUUCCUUAUUUCGAGCGCCUCUCGCGGCACCACAGUGUACCAGAAUUCUUACGCGCAAACCCUCCUCCUUUGCCGGCCGCCUCGGUUGCAAACACAAAUCUCACCACCAGUGGUGUUGGCUUGCUGGGAGGACGUCUUUUAACUGGCGCAGCAUUUACGGCGAUUUCGGGCCCUUCCACAUCCGGUCUCGGUUCAGGAGUGAUCGCCAGCAUUCAGAGGCCGACUGUCGCCUCUCCAUUGUCGGCACCUACAAUUACGAUGGGCCGAAUCACACCUGUGGCGACAUCUAUCAUAUCCGCUCCCCCACUUGCAGCGAUGACUGCCUCAUCAAGUCAUGGGAAAGGUCAGUUGGUGAUUGUGAGUUCUGAUUCCGUCCCCAUCACAAGUAGCGAUUCUCCAUCCAAUGAUGUCUCACCGACCAAAUCCAAUAUAACUCCUGCUUUAAUCCUUUGCCCAGAGUUACGUGAAAACCCACUUUGCCAAAGCCAGCACAGUCAUACUAACCCCUCCCCAACUACUUCUGUCCCUGCAGCCGCGCCCUCGACACAGUCGAAUGGCCGUAAUCCAACCAUUUCGGCCUCAUUAAGCCAGGCUACCGAAACAAAUGAUAAAGAGCACACAUUUAUAAGUUCGGCACCGGUUGGUACAGCUACUCCUCUUAUCUCUGCCUCCUCUUCUUCCGACUGUUUUACUUCCACGAGUGCCGUGCCAUUAAUGAAUCGGUCUGGUGCACAAAGAGCAGGCUCUAUUGUCUCCCGUCGCCCUAUUUCUUCAAAUAUGCGGCCAAUGAAUACUCAUCCUUCCGGAUCUUCAGUAAACACCCAUUCAUCUACCACCAACACCUCCACAUCUGCAUCUGGUUCCGCAGGCUCUACUCUUCCUAUUUCUGCAGGCACAAGUCCUCUGGUGACAAAGACAAGGAAUAAUUCCUCAACAGGGAUGACUUGUGCAAGUUCAAUUAACUCAAUGAAUGCCCCCGUCCCUUCCGUAACAGCAGUUGAAAUGAUACCUACCACCCUCUCUUCACCUGUAUCGCAGAUAAUCGCCUCACCUAUUGUUCCUCCUGUAAGUGUUUUGCCGGGAAGGCAGCCACUUCGCAGGUAG